CUCUGAAUACUCCGUACGUACGUGCGUAUGCGCUCCGUGAAUAACCUUUUUGUUCUCUGCUCGUGAUAGCUGCCUACCUGGGUAAAGGGAGGUACUUACUGACGAGUAGGAAGUACGAAUACUAGCCCCCAGCGUAUCUCGCUACCCUGGCACACGACCAGAAAUCUGUCAUCGGCAGGGUUUUGAUAUUGUCGACAAACCUGGUCCUAAGAUCUGAGGCACUUGUGGUGCUGGUUCUAGGUUCUCCCCUCUUGCUCAACCCUUCACAGCAUUUUAUAUUGCCACCCUACCGCACAGUGGCUUCUCGACUUCUCUUCGCGCCCGCCAGGAACCGUGGCAGGUCAACGAACAAUCAUUCAACAUGCCACUCACCGCGGCCGAAGUUCUUGCGCAUCCUGCCUACAAGACUGUACAUUGGGAUCUGCCGCCUACAAAACAAGGCAAAUGUGAGGUCGCCAAAGGCCGGGCUGGGGGACCUUUCAACAUUCAUUACGAAGUUCACGGUACGGGAAAUGUCAAGCUUGUGUGGAUAAUGGGCCUUGGAGCGUUCCGGACAGCAUGGAAACGUCAAACCAAAUACUUUGGUCACGGCCGAUCAUCUCGAUACUCUUCUCUCGUCUUUGACAACAGAGGAAUGGGUCUUUCGGACAAACCGAGCUGUCGAUAUUCCACGUCCGAGAUGGCCAAGGACAUACUCGACCUGUUGAGUCAUUUAGGAUGGAUCCCGUCCGAUUCUUCACCGACCACAACCUCGACCUCGACAUCAACUGCCUCGCCCGGAGCUGGUGGACCUGGACGCGAGAGGAAUCUACACGUAAUAGGCGUCAGCAUGGGCGGCAUGAUCGCACAGGAACUCGGCCUCCUCAUCCCCUCGCACGUCGCGUCGCUCGGCUUGGUAUCCACGGCGCCCCGUCUGGUACGCACGAUCCCUUUUAUCGAGAACCUCAGACAGCGCAUCAACAUGUUCAUUCCGCGCGACAUUGACGUUCAACUCGACGAGAUCGCCCACCGUCUGUUCUCGGACGAGUUCCUCGCGCUGCCGGACACCGAGCAACCGGAAAACUCGGGCUUGAAUUACCCCACGAAUCGCGACCGGUUCGCCGCCGGGGAGCUGGACAAGCGGUCCGACAAGGAAGGCUUCACCAGAAAGGGGUUCAUGCUGCAGGCCAUUGCGGCCGGGUGGCACCACAAGAGUGCGGCUCAGAUCGCACAGUUGGCAGACCAAGUCGGCCGGGAUCGCAUCGCCGUGCUCCACGGCACCGGGGAUCGGAUGAUCACCUUCCACCACGCCGAGAUGUUGAAGGAUCAGCUCGGUCAGGGAAUCGAGUACAAAGUCUGGAAGGGAAAGGGCCAUGUGCUGAUGUGGGAGGAAGAAGAUGAAUUCAACGCCUACUUCGACGACUUCUUUGCAAGAUGUGAUGGGUUGGGACGGUAAAACAUUGCGGAGCGUUCACCAUUUUUUUUGCCCUAUCAAGAACAACAAAGCAUCGAUUGUGCAUUUUUGUUUCAUAUUGUACAUUAUAUACACGGAUGGUUCUCGCUCAAGAUUUCAGUCUCGAGGGCCAGGCUCUGUGCGAGACUUUGUGAGAAAUAACACAACAAUCCUUUUGGAGCGUG